AUGGACACUGAGAAAGGUGCAUUCGCAGGAUUUGCUGCAUCUUUGAAGGCUGAACUCGAGCCCCAGCAUGCCGACCUUCUUCUUUUUGCGUGCUGUUUGACAUCAGGACUUGUGGACAGUACCAUAUACAAUGCUUACAACACCUUUGUGUCCAUGCAGACCGGAAACACAAUCUUCGUUGGGUUGGGAGCAUCGAACCAGAAUGCCCGUCCGUAUGGUUGGGCGCGCUCGCUCACAUCGAUCGGAUGCUUUGUCUUAGGGUGCUUCCUCUUCGCGCGCUUACACAGUGCUUUGGGUGCUCGACGGCGUGGAUGUUUGAUGAUGUCUUUCAUGUUGCAAACCAGCAUCAUCAUCCUUACCGCUGGUCUUGUCGAAGGCGGUGCCAUAUCUAGUGCGCUCGGCGAUCGGCUAGCGCAGACCGCGCCCCCGUGGGAUCAAGAAGUCCCGAUUGUGCUUCUCAGCAUCCAGUCUGCGGGUCAGAUUGUAGCGAGUCGCGCGUUGGGUUUCAACGAGAUCCCGACCGUGGUGAUCACCAGUCUUCUCUGUGAUCUUGUGUCCGACCCGAAGCUGUUUCUGAUCCGAAACCAAAAGCGCGACCGUCGGGUUAUCGCGUUUGUGCUGACGCUUCUUGGAGCCAUCAUAGGUGGAUGGGUGACGAAAGCCACUCAGGCAAUUUCUCCCACCCUGUGGCUAUCAGCAGGGAUUAAAGCGGUGGUUGUUUUAGCUUGGGGGUUGUGGAAGGCAAAGUAG